UGCAGGUCGAUUUGUUCCUUGCUGAGCCAUUUUAUUCUGGAAAUGAAGGAAUGCUUCCGUGGCAAAACUUGAGAUUCUGGAAGGAGAGAUCUAUACUUGACCCAAUUUUGUCAAAAGAUGCAAUUGUGCUGCCUUGCAAAGGGAUCUUAAAAGUUUGCGCAAUGCAUCUUCCAGAUAUAUGGAAGAGCCGAUGCUGCCUAGGAGAAAUUGAAGGUUUUGAUCAUUCAAUAGCAAAUAAGGCCUUGGGGGCUUGUGGCAAUUUGCCACCCUCAUUAAAAGGCAUUUGCUUGCCUUAUUUCAUAUGGCAAUGUGGUGAAACCAAGGAGCUCAGUGACGUAUUUUCAGUUAUGAAUUUCAAUUUCUCAGAACCUCUGCAUGCAUGCUAUGGAAAAAUAAGG